CGAAGCAGCGCCGGUGCCUAGCUUUCAACAGUACUUGAUCAACACUUACCGGGAACGGAUCGAUCAGCGCUUAGGGCGCGAUCGCGAGAUAGUCACAGCCUUCUACUAGUGUAAUAGGCAGUAACUCAACUGUUCGGUAGAAAAAAAUCGCGCGUCGACGGGUGAUCACGUGUGACUUAAAACGAAGCGAGGGUGGAGCAGAGCAUCGAAUCGAUCAACGCACCUGGGAAAGUCUCGGCUUGGGUGAUCGAUCGGAGAAAGGAUACAUUUCCUGCGCUGCGCUAGUUUGGAGGCGUCGGUGCGCGGAAAAUAGCUGUUGCCCAACUGUGCGUGAAGGACUCCGCUUUUAGUGCUUAGGAGUGCGACGGAUCGGAACAAACGUCGAAUCGCACUGCAGCUCGCUCGCCGUCAUCGUCGUCCAGGAGUAAAAGAACUCCGACUCCGCAUCGAACUACGUGGACCGGGUGCGCAUCCGUGACUCGUCCAGCUCAUUCGGCGGACCGGGCCGAGGAUCCGGGUGGCGUCAAAAGUCCCUCUCGAAUAUAGAUCUCCCGACGAGCUAUCGGGGCAUUGCCGGUGGAGUGGCCGGUACCGGUGGCCUGGUUGGUGCUGGUCAGUUUCGCUACCGCGACUAUGACUCAGGACUGUACGAUCUAUAUUCGCGCAUAGACAGUCGCCGGGAGGAGUACGAUGAUCUGUACGGCGUGAAUCCCAAGGCGUCCCGUGCAGCAAGCAACGCCAGCAGCAAACAGCGGCAACAUCAGCAGAAGCAACGCGAUCAGCAGGACCACCGCGAACAGCAAGCUCAAGACAAAGAUCAACAGCAGCAGCAGCGACAGAAGCAUCACCACCACCAUCACCAUCGGUAUCAGGAGUUCUACAGCGCGGACGGUAACGACGCCUGCAGCUUGCGACGAACCCGUAGCUUGGCGGUGAUCCGCGAGGAAACCUACAACGAUCUACACUUGCACGGACGUGGCGCGCGACGAUCACAGCUCAUCCCGAGGGCGAAACUCGUCGAUCGCAACUUCUUCAAAGACAGAUACAACUUUAUCUACGACGACGGCGAACCGACGGAGCCAGUCGAAAACGACACUCACUACACACUAGCGCGGAGAUUCUCCGCAGCCCAAGGUCAACCGCCGUUCCCUUGGCACACAGACAAGAGCGACUUGGACAGCAUUGACUCGUCAAUCUUCAAGCAUUCACUUCAUCAACAGAGUAGCUUCGAAGGCAGCAGGCACAACUCGAUCCGCAGUGGCGACUCAUCCAAGUUCGUAUCCAAGGUCGAAGUCCACAGCGAAUACUCCGGGGCUUCCAAGUCGGAAACGGGCAUCGAAGCGGACCUCAAACAUCUAGACGACAUUUCACUGAGAGACGAUCCUCCCAGACCUGCAAGCAAGACUUCUACACUAGAAACGCUCAAAAACCGUUAUCCUCGAGAGGGCAAGUUCGCCGUCAAGGAUGAGGUAGAGAGCGGUAUAACUAUCAUCGAAAUCAAAGACAGUCAAGUGUCGGCCAAGAGCUCCAGCGUAAUCUCUUACGACUCCAUAUACCUGUCCUCGGAAAGCGACGACAAGGAAGUCCUCGACGAAUUACUCCCAGAAGUUAGACUCACCGAAGACAACGACUUGAUCGACAUCAAGAUCGAAGACUACGACGAUCUGUUCAAGGAAACGGAUCUAGAAAAGGCAGAAAGCACCAUCGAUACCCUGUACGGACAGGUCACCAAACCCAAACCAAAGAUUGUUGCUGUAGAACCAAAGAUUCAACCAAACGAUUCCCUCAAGCGCUACAUCAAAAACACUAGUCGCGGUACCAUCGAGCGUCUGUCGAUCAUUUCCAAUCUCAAGCUCCGGCAAGAGUUUGCCACCAAAGAAAAGCCUCUGCUCGACAGCGAUCACCAAUACAACUCGCUUCCGGACGCAGCCGACGUCUGCAAGAUCCUUCGCAACUCGGAGCGAAUCGACGCCAAGCUUCGUCGAAUCUGCGACAACGACCAAUCCGGAAGAUCAACCCGCACCGAUAGCGAUCACUACGACUCGUUACCGAGGUUGGACAAGUCCCGCCUUAAUCUAACGCAGGCCACCUCGGAUGAGGACGGUUCCCUAGAAGAAUCCGACAAAGGUGCGCCGUCAAUCGAAGUUGUCGAGACUCCGACCAGAGAAGUACUCAGUCACGCUUCGUCCAAGGUUUAUUUGAAGGAUUUCGGUUUAGAGCUAGAUUACGAAAACUCCGUGGUGACCAACAGCGAUCAGGAUAGUGACAUAACGAUCGUAGCUCCGCAGGAAUCUCCGACCGUCCCAGCUAUCACGGUAACUCCAGCAAUCGUCGUGACUCCAGCGGAGAAACCCACAACGAAGAAAAACGACACGGUAAUCUAUUCGACCUUUGCUAGCACCGUUGGAAAGCAGACCACUAAUCGGAUCAACUUCGAGAGCAAGGAAAAGCCGAGGCCACAACCGGAAGCAAUCGCUGAGAUCAAAACCAAACUCAAGCCGAUUCCGUUGGUUGUAGAUCCUACGCCGAAGAUCCCGGUAGCGCUAGCUCCAACAGUCAAACUAGGCGGAAAGAAGGUUAUCGUUGAUGAGGUAGCUGCCAAGGCGGCCAAACGAGAGAAGGAAUACGAGAAGAGCGUUAAAGCCGAGGACAAGCACAAUACGGUUGUAAAGAAACCGAUACCAAAGAAAACUCCGGAAGCUCCGGCUAAGAAGGAAGAAUCCAAACCAGAACCAAUUCCGAUCGUUAACAGUAGACCGCCGGAUCCGAAACCUCCGGAGCCCAAGGAAGGUAGUCCCAAGGUUGACCAUUCCAGUUUGUUCAAAGAUACGAAUCCAUUCAAAGAGCAAGCCCGGCGUGAGGUGAAGAACCGAGUGGUGGAUCGCCCUCUGUUCAAAGGCGUUAGACGUUUCAACUCGACGGAAAACAUCUACACUUCGGCACCGAUCAUAGUGACGAAGACCUUCAACAACUUCAUCAAAACCAAUGAGGUGAAGACCAAAUCGUUUGAUUCGUUGAUUGUGGAAAGCGGUAACGAGAAGAAACGCGAACAGAAGAAGAUGCCUCGACCACAGGUGAUUCAGAUUGUGGAUUCUAAGCAGGUCGGGAAACAGGAUGCAGGAACACUUCGUAAGGGUGCUCAAGACGGGCAGAAGGUACAGAAGGAGUUCCUGCAUAAGGUUGAUUCGGUAAGAAGCUAUUGGUCCAAGAUGAUGGAUGAAGCAGACGCACGAGAGGAGCUAGAGGCAGAGGAUCACGUGGAUUCGGGGAGUUUGCCAGAGUCAAAAAACGAGCAGGUGGUGCAGCCAGCAAAAGCCGAUGAGAAAUCCGGGAGUUCUAGUUCAGCGGAACAACUGAAGCCAGUACAGUUGCCACAGCAGCAGCCAAAAAAGUCCGCAUCGCGACAGAACUCCUCCCGGAACAAGUACUCCACCUACCAAAUCGACGAAGGAGCUGAACUUCAGAGCUUUAGUCCAACGGUGGAGAUUAUUGAGCUCGACGGACAGAAGCAGGCUGCACUGGUGAAACCGAAGAAUUCGCAAAACCUGGACUUUGACCACGUGCGCUACAAGGUCAUGAAAUCGGAGAUGUUUCAAAAAAACUUGCUGGUGAACCAUCGAAAAGCGGCUCAAUUCGAUGGUUUGAUGCAGUACCUACAAGAUUACAGCUUUCAGGAGUUGCUCGCGCACAAUAACGUUGUAAUCAUUGAGCCGGUCCGCACCAAGAUCGAGAAGAUCUCCGACAAACCACCGCAGGCCAGCACAACCACCUGUCGGAUCACUACGGGAGCACUGUCCAACAAUGGUUCCGGAGAAAAUCCGAAGCGGGGGCCGGGUUUGAAGAAGCACUUCUUCUACCAUCCGAUAAGGGUGAACAAGGAACUGUUGGACGAGGAGCUGCCAAGUCCUGAUACGGUGAGGAAUGUACGGAAGCUGUUUGAGGGUACCCUGCGUCUGGGAACGACGGCGAAGCAAGCUUACGAGGACGCCAAAACCAGCGGAGUUUCUCAUGCAGCUAUUCGCAAAUGGGAUUCGGCUAGUUUGUCCAGCGGAGUAUCCAGUGGAGAUUUGAGCUCGCCAUGUGAGUGCGGUGAGAACGAGAUGGACGGUGACUCCGGAGAUGAGAAUAUGAUUGGAGAUGAUGAGUUGGAGUCGCACUAUGUUAGUCAGGACGUUUUGGAGAAGAUACGAGAAUGCGGUUCAACGGUGACGUACUACGGUGGCCGAGUGGUAGACAAGAAGAGUGAGCACAUGAAUACGAUGACCAAAGCCAUCAUGAAGGAGAUUCGUGGUCUCGAACGAAAGACCUGCCAAGUUUGCCAGCCGCACGGUUGUCGGCAAAUGAUCGAGCAACGUCGCGGUAGUCAGAGUGCUAAACUGGACGGAUUAGGCGUGAAAUUCAAGCUGGUCAAAUCAAACAGCUGCAGCAGUCGACUGGAGCUAGCAGGAACCGGUAAAACUCCACCGGACCUCAUGAAGAACUAUCGCAACCAUUCCAGCAAUAGUAAUAGCAGUAGCAUUAUUUCAGGCCGACCCAAACUUCCAAAGCCAAGUUCCGCUUCGACCAUAGAUAGCAAUAACAAUAAUAACAACGACCUGCCGACUCUGCGAGACCUUCCGACUGUAGAGGAACCUGAAGAGUCCGUGCGCGAUCUGGUCAGUCGACUGGAGAGCAACAACACGUUGAACACCCGCAACAAACCCCGCAUCAUCGAAUCCAAGUGUAUUGAGAAAAUGGAGGAAACCAAAGUGGAACCCACGAUCACGAUCAACAGUCAGGUCAUCGAGGUGCCUACAGUGAAAGUGAGUCAACCACCAGUUGAGGAGCCUUCAGCGGUAACCAUCAACAAUCACAUAACUGUUCCCAAUCAACUGAUCAUUCCGCCACUGUUGAAGGACCAGAAAGCCCCUGUCAAACCUCAGAACAAUCAAUCGACGACUGAUCGACCGAAGGUUUGCCGGAACAAGAACGUCGACUUGGCGUUCGCUGCAACGAUCACCAAGGCCAACAACAAGCCAGCCAAGGAGAAGGAGAAUUUGGCGCGCAAAUCUUCGCUGGUCACCUGCAGCUCGGUCGACACGUUAGAUUCGCUGGAAACCCUUCCGCCUUCCAAUGGUCCCAAGAUGGUGACGUUCAAAGACGAUGAAAACAACAAUAUCCACAGCAACAGCGGAGAAGUGGAAGAGCAGGAGAAUCUCAAGCCGAGUGUCAUCGCCGAGCAGCGCAAGGCGGACGAACUGACGUCGCCGAAGUUGGUCAACUGGAGUUCGCUGGGGAAGUUUGACGAGCGGCAGUACUUCGCCAACGACAAGAAGCUGAUCGAGAAGCGCAAGUACGACGAGAUGGAGUUCGAGGAGUUCGAGGUGCUGGAUACGAGUGCGGCGGGCAAGAACAAUCAACUGGCGAAGGAACAACAGCAGCAGAGGGAGCAACAGGAGCAGCAGGAACAAUUGGAGCAGAGCGAGUGCUUCGAUAGUUUGAACAGCGGAAAGUGAGAGGAUUUCAAUGAGGAUGGGGGAGGAAAGCGGUUGGAAGAAGAAGAAUGUGAGUUCGGUAUUUAUAUCUGUUACGAAUAACCAAGCUAGACGCUAGAGUAUUAUAUUGUGUACUUAUUAUCUGUAGAAUUGAAAUACAUAUAUGUAACUGUUAGUCAA